CCUGACUGAUGUGGCGCCCUCUUAAACUUAGCCGUCCCGCGUGUCAAAAUGGCGAAAAAGAAAUUAGAAGAUAAAAACAGCCAAAACGGCGAUAAUACAAAAAACGAAGACGAUUCAUCAUCGAACGAUGAAGAGCCAAACUUCAGCGACCCGGAAGGAUUCGUGGACGAUAUUACGGAAGAAGAAUUAAUUGGGGACAUAUUGAAAACAAAACCCAAGGAAACUGACGGCGUAGAGAGUGUUAUUGUGGUGGAUGGUGUACCUGUAGUUGGCCCCAACCGUAUUGAAAAACUUAAGUCUGUAAUAAACAAGAUUUUUGUUAAAUUUGGUAGCAUUGUUAAUGAGUUUUACCCAGUUGAUGAGCAAGGCUCCACCAAGGGCUACAUUUUCAUUGAGUACUCAUCGCCUGUGCAUGCAGCUGAAGCUGUCAAGCUCACCAGCAAUUUUAAGCUGGAUAAACAGCACACAUUUCAAGUGAAUUUGUUUACCGAUUUCUCGAAAUAUGAGUCGAUACCUGACAAAUGGGAGCCUCCAGAGCCACAGCCUUAUCAAGAUCAAAAUGAUUUGCAUUAUUAUUUGUUGGAACCUGAUGCAUACGACCAGUUUGCUGUUGUGACAGUACAAGCUCAAUUUGUGCAAAUAUGGCAGAACACCCAACCCGAUCCAACUAUGGUUGAAGAAAGAAGUUCUUGGACUCAAACCUAUGUGAAAUGGUCUCCCUUGGGUACAUACCUAUCAACCUUCCACAAGCUAGGAAUUGCCUUAUGGGCAGGUCCAAACUUUGACCAAUACAAGAAAUUCGCACACGCUCAUGUGCAAUUUAUCGAUUAUUCGCCAUGCGAAAAGUACUUGGUUACCUAUUCGCCGCAAGGAGAUCCUUACAAUCCUGAUCAAAAGAAAAUUAUCAUCUGGGAUAUCAGAACCGGCCAAGAAAAACGUUCCUUCAAUCCGGAAGGCCCGUCGGCGUGGCCGAUAUUCCGUUGGUCUCACGACGACAAAUACUUCGCGCGCAUCGGCAACGACGUCCUCUCCAUCUACGAGACGCCGUCUUUCGGCCUUCUCGACAAAAAGUCGAUCAAAAUCAACGGCAUCCGCGACUUCAACUGGUCGCCCACCGACAACGUCGUGGCCUACUGGGUGGCCGAGGACAAAGACGUCCCGGCCAGCGUGACCCUGCUCGAGAUCCCGAACAGGAACGAGACGCGCAAGAAGAACCUGUUCAACGUGGCCGACUGCAAGAUCCACUGGCAGAAGUCCGGCGACUAUCUGUGCGUCAAAGUCGACCGCUAUUCAAAGAGUUGUCUGGUAACCCUAAUGUAUCUUGAAGGUGAGGAAGGAGAAGAACGAGAUCAAGUACUCGGGGAUGUACUGCAACUUCGAGAUAUUCCACAUGCGCGAGAAGCAGAUCCCGGUCGACAGCGUCGAGAGCAAGGAGCCGAUCCAGUGCUUCGCGUGGGAGCCGGUCGGCUCCAAGUUCGGCAUCAUCCACGGCGAAUCGCCCAGCAUCAACGUGAGCUUCUACGAGGUCAGGCAGGGUCAGGCGCCCAUUCUGCUGAAAAAGUUCGACAAGAGGGCGUGCAACAGGCUGCACUGGUCGCCCAACGGCCAGUACAUCGUCCUGGCGGGGGUGGGCACCAACGGCGGCGGCUCGUUGGAGUUCGUCGACACGCACGAGUUCUUGGUGAUGAACACCACCGAUCAUUUCCAGAUGUCCGACGUCGAAUGGGAUCCUACCGGAAGAUACGUUGUAACCGGCGUCUCGUACUGGAAAACAAAAGUCGACACGGGCUACUGGAUCUGGUCGUUCCAGGGCAAGAUCCUGAAGCGCAUCAACUUGGAAAAGUUCGCGCAGCUCCUAUGGCGUCCAAGGCCUUCCACGCUCUUGAGCGAAGAAAAGCAGAGGGAAAUCAAAAAGAACCUCAAAAAGUAUUACGCGCAGUUCGAGAGCAAGGACAGGAUGCGCCAAUCGAAGGCCUCCAAGGAAUUAAUCGAGAAGAGGGCGGCGCUUAUGGACAAAUUCAACGACAUCAGGCAGAAGAGGAUCAAGCAGUACGUGGAAAACAAAGCCAGGCGAUUGGCCCUCAGAAACAAUGUCGAUACUGAUGAGCUUGAUGCUGACACUGAAAACGUAGAAGAAGAAAUUGUUGAAUUCUUUAUUAAAGAGGAAGUAACCAUCGUCGAGUAGACGACAUAAUUCCACCGCUGUUUUUUUCCCUGUAUACCUCAAUUGUACAGGGAAUUUUAAAUCCUCAACAUCUAUAUUGUUAUUUUUUUAAUAAUAAAGUAAAAUAGUCACUGGUUUUUAGUUGUUAACUGUUUUUUAAUAUUUUUUAUUGAGUAAUACAUUACCAUCAAAUUCGAUCAAUACAUCAUACUGCAGCAACUUUUUUAUAGUGUCAAUACAGAAAAUAAAGUUUCUUACAUUAAAAAC